CCUGUGCACGUCUGGCGUGGUGCGGCUCCACGUCAACAGCUGGCUGGAGGUGAGCUUCUGCCUGCCCCAUAAGAUCCACUACGCGGCCACGAGCCUCAUACCCCCUGAGGCCAUCGAGCGGAGCCUGAAGGCCAUCCGCCCGUACCACGCCCUGCUGCUGCUCAGCGACGAGAAGUCCCUGCUGGGCGAGCUCCCGAUCGACUGCUCCCCAGCCCUGGUGCGUGUGAUCAAGACCACGUCUGCUGUGAAGAACCUGCAGCAGCUGGCCCAGGACGCAGACCUGGCCUUGCUGCAGGUUUUCCAGCUUGCGGCGCACCUGGUGUACUGGGGCAAGGCCAUCAUCAUCUACCCGCUGUGUGAGAACAACGUCUACAUGCUUUCUCCCAACGCCAGUGUGUGUCUGUACUCUCCGCUGGCUGAGCAGUUCUCACGCCAGUUUCCAUCUCACGACCUGCCGUCUGUCCUCGCUAAGUUCUCCUUGCCGGUCUCCUUGUCAGAAUUUAGGAACCCCCUGGCCCCCGCUGUGCAGGAGACGCAGCUCAUCCAGAUGGUGGUGUGGAUGCUGCAGCGCAGGCUCCUGGUCCAACUGCACACCUACGUUUGCCUGAUGGCCUCGCCCAGUGAGGAUGAGCCCCGCCCCCGGGAGGAUGACACGCCCCUCACCACCAGGGUUGGCGGCCGCAGCCUCAGCACGCCCAAUGCCCUCAGCUUUGGCUCCCCAACCAGCAGUGAUGACAUGACCCUCACCAGCCCCAGCAUGGACAACUCCAGUGCAGAGCUGCUCCCCAGUGGAGACUCGCCACUCAACAGGAGGAUGACGGAGAACCUGCUGGCCAGCCUGUCCGAGCAUGAACGGGCAGCCAUCCUCAGCGUGCCCGCGGCACAGAACCCUGAGGACCUCCGCAUGUUUGCCAGGCUCCUGCACUACUUCCGCGGCCGCCACCACCUGGAGGAGAUCAUGUACAACGAGAACACGCGGCGCUCCCAGCUGCUCGCGCUUGUGGACAAGUUCCGCAGUGUCCUGGUGGUGACCACCCACGAGGAUCCGGUCAUCACUGUCUUCCAGGCCCUGCUCACCUGAGCUGGGGCACUGGAGGGAGCCUCCCCGACCCCAGGCUCCUUCCCUCCCCAUGGGGCCCCUGCUCUCCACAUCCUCACCCGCCUCCAGUCCUGGAAACAGCCUCAGGGGCUCUGAGCUGAGGUGAGGCUCGAGCUGGGAGAGCGUCCAGGACUCUUGCCUCUGAGUGAGGUUUGCAUGCUGCCCACACCAAUUUGGCCCGUAUUUCUCUCAGAGCCCCACCCGCCCUCCCGUGUUCCCUGGGCCUGGGCCGUCCAGAGCUUCAGGUCCGAGGGCCUGGCCUGGCCUGUAUGGCCAGCACUGGCCGCCUGCAGGCACCCUUCCCCCCAGCUUGCUGGUGCCUGGCCCAGCCCCUCCCCCCACCACAGUCCUGUGUUAGCCACCAGGAGGCCCUGGCCAAGCGGUCACCCCCGUGCCACCUGAGGCACGAGGACCUGGGCUAACGGUGUCCCGCAGCUGUCUUAGCUUCCCCUUGGCGGGGGUGUCUGCACUGGUGCUCCCCACACACGGCUGCCUCAGGCCUGAGGAGGAAGUGCGCCUGCUGGCCCCGGGUCCUCCUACAGAGACGAGCUGGCCACCGACGGGGGCUCCGGCCGAGACACAAAUGACACUGUUUUCUAUAAACACAGCAUUUAUUUCAUUUUUAAACAAUUAAAAAUCCUCAUCCUG